AUGGUACAGAUGACCCUUGGGGGUGAUGCGGAUGACCGAAAGGGGAUGAUGCAUGCAGGGGAUGAUCCAGAUGACCGCGGAAGGAUAAUGCAGAUGACGUCGAGAGGAAAUAAUGCAGAUGACCCCGAAAAACUACAACUAAGAAGGGCCCCUGAAAGAGCUUCCACAAUAAAAAAAAUUAUCACAGUGCCAAAAUUCGCAAAGGCCCGGUUCUUGGACUGUGCUCAUUGUGCAUUUGCACAGUGA